AAACGACUUCCUCAUUCCAUUUUAAAUAAAUCAGUUUAUUUUUUACUUACGCACGUAUAUAGUGAUAUAACAUACACGAACGAUUAAUCUCUAAGAUGAUACAUCGGAUUAAUAAUAUUUUUGUAAUUUCGUUUAUAGUUUGGGCAUCAUGUCUAUUACUGAAAAGCACGGACGGAUCUCCGCCGCAACUUCACGUGUGCAAUCUAGACAACGAAAGUGCCAACGCCUGCUGUAGUGCAUGUGCUUACACUCAACAACCAGGUGAAAACCUCGGUUGUAACAUAUCCUGUCCCGCUGACUAUUAUGUUAUUGUCGAUAACGAUAACUCGUGCAAUAGGAUCAGAGAACAAUCAACAUCUACUGCCAUUCCAACGACAACUAUUACGGAGGAUCCAAAUAUUAACGAAACGGACACUUCGAAUGCAACCAAUCAUACCAUUGCCUCCCUAAAAGUACCUGAUUCGCAUUAUUGUAUUCGCAAUUGUGCAUCGAGAGAAUACUAUGACGAACAACGUUUAAAAUGUCAGCUUUGCCCAACUCAUUGCCUUGAAUGCAGUGAUAAAGAUAAUUGCACAACUUGUUAUGUUGAACAUGACAACGAUUGCCGCCAAGAAUGUCCACAAGGUUCCUAUCAGUCUACAAAGAACAGUGCAGGUUCAAUUACAUGUAAAGAGAGCGAAAUCGAAAGUAAAAGCAAACAAGGUUUCAUCAUUGGAGUCACCGUAGGAGGCGUUGUUCUGGUGGUGUUGGUUUUGAUAGUGAUAGUGAUGGUAAUACGAAAGAAACGGAUUACUGGAAAAACGCACUGGGACUCACCAGCAGACAAUGUCAACGAUUCGGAUGUACGUGUUCCCAAUGCAGUUCAUAACACAAUAGCAGACACAAUACACGUUGAAAGGAAUGACGAUGUACAAGAUGAAGACGUCUACAUGAUUGUUGAAAUUCCAAAACCAAGCAAGAUAAAGCCUGAUCAAAAAACCAACCCUGACACAAAACAAAACAAAGAUGAGGGCGCGAAGAAUAAAGAAGAAGACUAUGUGACUGUCGAAAUUCCAAAACGAAGCAAGGCUGAUCUAAAUGAACCAACUAAACCAAGGACAGAACAAACUGAACGCCGCGAUCAUAAGGAAGAAGACUAUACCACAGUUGCAAUUCCCACACCUACAGAAAUAGAGCAUGAUCACAAAACUGACCCUGACACAAAACAAAAAAUGGAUGAAAGCGAGAUGAAUGAAGACGACUACGAGCCUGUUGAAAAUUCCAUACCAUGCAAACCUAAGCCUGAUAACAAAACCAACCCUGACACAAAACAAAACAAAGAUGAAAGCGAGGAGAAUGAAGAAGAAGUCUACGAGACUGUUGAAAUUCCAAAACCAAGCAAACCUACGCCUGAUCACAAAACUAAACCUGACACAAAACAAAACAAAGAUGAGAGCGAGAAGAAUGGAGAAGAAGACUACGUGACUGUUGAAAUUCCCAAACCACCUAAACCUAAGCCUGAUCAAAAAAACAACCUUGACAAAUUACAAAACAAAGAUGAGAGCGAGAAGAAUGAAGAAGAAGACUACGUGACUGUUCAAAUUCCAAAACCACCUAAACCUAAGCCUGAUCAAAAAAACAACCCUGACACAAAACAAAACAAAGAUGAGAGCGAGAAGAAUGAAGAAGAAGACUACGUGACUGUUCAAAUUCCAAAACCUCCUAAACCUAAGCCUGAUCUAAAUGAACCUACUAAACCAAGCACAGAACAAACCGCACGCCGCGAACAUAAGGAAGAAGAUUAUAUGACAGUAAAAAUUCCGACACCUACUAAGACUGAUCAGAACACCAACCCUGACACAAAAGGAAACAAAGACGAAAGCGAUAUGAAUGAAGACAAAGACUAACAGACUGUUGAAAUCCCAAAUGAACCAAACCUAAGCCUCGUAGAAAAAUGAGAAACAAGACAUAAAACCCGAGAAAAUACAGGACGACGAUGACAGUGCAAACAUGCCAACAGUAAAAAAGCGUCCAGACAAAGCCAAAACUGAAGUCGAAGAAGAAGACGUGCAGGUUGAAAUAAUCAUCAUUCCUACAACAGAACGGGUUUUGCAGACGAUUUGAUUAAAACCAGUUCAAGCGAACUUGGCCAGCUGAAAGUGGUUUCGUCACCAAAUUAUUUUGCCAAGAUUCUUUACUGUUUAAAUACCUUAUAAUAUAAAUAUAUAUAUUACAAUAGAAAUAUUUUCGACAAAAGAUAAUAAGUAAAAUGUAAAUUUAUAUUUGCAACCUUUACAAUUAUAGCUCUUCUAAUAUAUUCUGGAUCAAUGACCUGACCAGUGCUAUUCGGUAUUAUUUUUUUAACAAUGGCAUUUAUAUACCUGGAUAAACUGUUUUAAAUAUUGCAUUUGUCAAAAGAAACUAACUUUAAAACAUAUAUAUAAUAUUCAUGUUUUAAAACACAUUUUGGAGAAGAAAAAUAUAUUUGGGAAAUACGUGUAUGAAUAUCCUGCUCAAUGUACAUUUUUUAAGGGGAUAGACACCAGAUAAAACAAAAGCAAAAGAAACAGAAAAUUUUCAAAAACUUUAUGAAAAAGACAUCGUUGUGUACAAUGCAUUAAUCUAACUGAUGUGUCACAUAGCGUACGAUGCAUGAAUCUUUUGCAUUUUUGUGCAUUUUUACUAUUCGAAAUUUACUACCGUUGUCUAUCACGUAUAUCCCAGUAAUUUUAAAAAUAGCGUCGGUAUAUAACUGUACUCAUAAACAGUUAUUAUUUAAACUGAUAACCUUAUGGAACUUUUUAAACAGGGAAACACAGAUGAGACAGCAACAUAAUUGUUUCGUUUAUCACUUUUACCAAGUAAAGUAACGGAUAAUCCUCCUACUAGCGCGCAUUGACAAUUCUAUGCUUAUUUGAGGAAAUACUGUAUUUGCCGAUUAUUGGACCAUUUGGUGUCUAGCCCCUUCAAUUGUGUGAUGUCGUGUUUCUACUAUGUAUUCCUUUAUCAGGAAAAAACAAACACUUUUGAUGUACAUCAAUAUUCUUCUUGUAAUGUCCUUAUCUAUUCAAGGUAUUUGUCCUUUUUAUCAAAUUAAUAAAUAUCUAAGCAGAUA